CGCUUCUAGCGCCCCAAGCGGUGUCGGCAAACGUGCGAAUAUUUCGUUUCAGAGUGGCUUUUUUUGUUAGUUCCUUUUACGUUAUCUUCGUAGCCACGCGGCGUAGGCGUGUGAUCUCCGAAGUAGAGACUGACACUGGCGGGCGCAGGAUAGGACGAGAGGGAGAAGCGGGGUGAAGUCAGCUGGUUGUGGCAGAUCGGGUGGCAAAUUUGUUGACGUAUUCUGUGGCAACGCCGUUAAUAAAAAUAAAAGGGAGAAUUGAAAAAUUAUUUGAACAUGGCUGAUGGAAGAGAACCUCCUCCUCUUUUUGAAGUAGAUAUCGAUAAACAGGACGAUGCCGAAGAUCUGUUCAGCUCAGCUGUAGAGGAUCAAGUUGGGCUAGAUGGAAAUGAAUUGCCAAAUGCAUUUGACAACGUUUCCACAUCACCUAAAUUGUAUUUACAAGAGAGUCCGUCUGUUGAGAAUUUACCUUCGGAAGUAUCAGCGCCUGUGGUAAAAACCAGUUCUUUAGAGGAGAUGGAAAAGGAGAGAGAAGAUCAGUUUUUGGAUGUCUCUGUAACAGAAUGGCAAAAAGUUGGUGAAGGAAUGGGUGCUUAUGUAGCAUAUAAAAUAGUAACGUACACUAAUAUGCCUUUAUUUCACAAUCGUAACUUCACUGUCAUGAGAAGGUUCAGCGAUUUUCUUGGACUUCAUGACAAACUCUCUGAAAAAUAUUUGCGUACUGGACGCAUCAUUCCUCCUGCUCCUGAGAAAAGUGUUGUGGGUAUGACUAAAAUUAAAAUGUCUAAUCAAGCUGAACAAGGAUCCUCUGCAGAUUUUGUGGAGAAGCGUCGUGCAUCUCUUGAACGAUAUCUAAAUCGUACUGCAUCGCAUCCAGUUCUGAAGGUUGAUCCUGAUUUUAGAGAAUUUUUGGAAGCAGAUAUGGAGUUACCAAAAGCAACAAAUACAUCUGCACUCAGUGGAGCUGGAAUGAUGCGGUUCUUGAAUAAAGUGGGUGAAACUGUGAACAAAAUCACAUACAAAAUGGAAGAAAGUGAUCCUUGGUUUGAAGAGAAAACUCAGCAAGUUGAAAAUCUUGAUAUUCAACUUCGCAAAUUACAUGCUAGUGUUGAAACGCUUGUUCUUCACCGAAAAGAAUUAGCCAUGUUUACGGCUGCUUUCGCUAGAAGUGCUGCAACGCUGAGCAAUUGUGAGGAGCAUACAUCACUGUCACGAGCAUUAGCCCAACUGGCUGAAGUAGAAGACAAAGUGGAAACUUUGCAUAAUGAUCAAGCGAAUGCAGAUUUCUCUGUAUUGUGUGAACUUUUGAAGGACUAUGUGGCAUUAAUUGGUGCAAUAAAGGAAGUAUUUCAUGAACGUGUUAAAAUUUACCAAAACUGGCAACAUUCACAGCAAAUGCUUAAUAAGAAGCGUGAACUUAAAGCGAAAUUGGAAUUGUCAGGAAAAGCUGAAAAGGGGAGCUUAGCAGGAAUGGAAGUAAUUGAGUGGGAAGCAAAAGUAGAGAGAUGUCAAGAGGAGUUCGACAAUAUCACCAAGAUGAUAAAGAAAGAAAUGGAGCGGUUUGAAGUGAAUAGAGUGAAAGAUUUCAAAUCGAUAAUUAUUCAAUACCUUGAAAAUCUCAUGACUCACCAGCAACAGCUUAUUAAAUAUUGGGAAGCAUUUUUACCAGAAGCCAAAGCUAUUGCCUGAAGACCAGGUUUUCUGUUGCACACUCAUUAUUAUGUGUGAUGUAUAUUCAACAAUAAUCAAGACUAAAAUAAUUGAAAGUGGAAGGACGCAAGAAUUUUUAAAUUUAUUUGUUGCUCUAUUUUGUGUUUACUCAAGACAUUAUUAUUAUAUAUUAUUAUUAAAACAUUCUUAAAUAUUAUUUACAGGAGUAUUGUUUCAUGUCAGGUACAAAUUGGAUGCAUUUUUGUCUCACUAAUGCUUAGUAAUUCUUGUAAUGCUUAGAAUUUUGAAUCUGUACUGAUUGAAGUAGUACAUCUAGUAUGUUGUUUUUAAAGUAUAUUGUGAAUGUGUUGAAUUCAAAUGGUCUGUAGAGUGUUGUAUUUUUGAUAUCUUGGGGCAAAAAUUAUAUUAGUAAAUUGAAGCAAAAUUUCUUAAAUGUUCAUCAGUAUAAUUUCUAAAGUAUUUGUUUUUCUCUAAUCAUAAUGUGCUGAUUACAUGUGAUUAUUUAUUUUUGUUUGUAUUUAUGGUAUGUUAUAACAUGAAAUGUUAUCCUUUAUUUGUGUAUAGUAUAUCUACUGGGUUUCAAAUACCCAAUCAGUGAAAGAAUGAUAUUGUAUUAAAGGAUUGCAAAUGUAUAAAAAAAACUUUGUUUAUUACAUGUAUGAUCAUAGCUCACCCAUCUUUUGAUUUCUUUCUUCUAAAUAAAUGCAUUGAUAUCAGUCUUGAAUAUACUUGGUAAUACACUCGUGCAAUAUUUAAAAAUGUGAAC